AUGCUCUUCCUGGCCCGCAAACAUAUCCUCAUCAACGCGGUUCUGGUCCAGAUAGCACUCGGCAGAGUGAGCAGAGAACGAGAGGUGAGCGGCGCAAUGCGGUGGUCAAGAUCGUUGUAUGAAGCCGACGUUGACAUAUCGUCUGACUGCUUGACAGUCCGUGAUGAGACGUAGUCCUGGUCUGGAGGGCGCCGCGAAUGCAUUCGACAUUUCGCACCCGUUCGUCAAAAGCUUGCACGCCGAGCUCGAGCCGGUACAUCGCACGACCACUGAGCGCUUCGCUGCUUUUCAAGUGCCUGCAUUCAAGAAGAAAGCAUCUUCCCAAAGGAAUGCCUUUGCAUCCGAUACGCCAUCACGUCACGAAGGCAUUGCCGCCAAGCUGAACGAGACCCGCAAACAGUACGAGAAAGUGGUCCUCGGAAAGGGUAGUUCGAGCCCUGCGAGAAUGGUCGGCGCAAACCUUAUUCGAAGCCCAUCGCCCGAAGCGCACAUGACGGACAGUCAUUCGACAAGCCCAGUCAGUGUGCUCAAGCAGAAACAUAUCCUUCAUCGAGUCCAGGCUUCACUUGCUUCCAGCAACGGCAAAGGCGAUGGUGGACACCAAUCUGGGACAGGCGUCUUUGUGCCAAAAGUUGACGUGUACGAAAAGGCUGUCAACAAAAACGAUGGCCUGAAAGCUUACUUCGGCGAGAGUGGUGACCUUGCAAACAUGGGCACGCGAAAGAAAAUUUACGAGGUUGCCGAGAAACUCAAAGCUAACUCCCCAGGAGUAUUUGAACGGUAUAUUACGGAUGGCGCCUCGUCCUCGGGUAGCAGGUCCAGAACGAGCAGCUAG